AUGGACAUGCUGCUUCGCAGACCACAGAGAAGGGAGCCCGGCAGCUCUCUGGCUGGAAAGUCGGACCAAAUCCCGGAUCAGGGGGAGAGCGCAGGCUUCUUGGAGAGCGGGUUCUUGGCUGGAUGGCUCCUUGUUUCCGUAAAGGACGACGAGCCAAUCAUUGGAGGGGCUGACAGCAGAGAUCAAACCCACAUCCGAAAGUUUCUCAGUCAGAAGCAAAAGAAGUUACUAUGGAAACCAGAGUAUAAGGGCCAGGCCAACCUGCAUGUGUUUGAGGACUGGUGCGGCUCGUCUGUAGCCCAGCUCAGAAAGAACCUGCACUUCCCUCUUUAUCCUCAUACAAGAACCACAGUAAAGAAGCUGGCCGUGGCUCCAAAGUGGAAAAACUACGGCUUGAGAAUAUUUGGUUUCCUUCACCCAUACAAAGAUGGUGAUUUCCAGUUCUCCGUAUCGUCUGAUGAUAACUCAGAGUUCUGGUUGAGCCCCGAUGAGUGUCCUCUCAAUGCCAGACUGCUAGUCUAUGUAGGACAGCUGGGUACAGAGUGGACUGCUCCAGGCGAGUUCACCAAGUUCAGGUCCCAAUCCUCCAAAUCUGUGCACCUGAUAUCAUCCAGGCGAUACUAUUUUGAGAUUCUUCACAAGCAAGAUGACAAGGGAUCAGACCACGUGGAGGUUGGGUGGCGGCCGUUCCUCCCAGGUCUGAAGUAUGAAGUGAUAGACUCAGCUUACAUCUCCCUCUACACAGAUGAGUCCAGUCUGAAGAUGAACAGCGUGGAUCACAUCCCUCAGACUUUGGCCAGUCACAUCCAUCUCCCAGCAGAAUUUCGGCCACAGGGUCUGGAAGGAGACAUGAUCACACCGCAUGGAGCUGAUAUGCUGAGGCCAGACCCCAGGGAUACUUUCUACAGCACCCCAGUGAUUGACCCCUCUCGGCUGCAAAACGUUCUUCCAGCCUGUCUCUACUCUCCAACCUACGUAGUCAAAGAUUUUCCCAUCGCCCGAUACCAAGGCCUUCAGUUUGUCUACCUAUCUUUUGUCUACCCUAACGACUUCACACGUCUCACCCAUAUGGAACGGGAAAACAAAUGUUUCUACAGAGAGUCUCCUAUCUACUUGGAGAAAUUUGGUUUCUAUAAAUAUAUGAAGAUGGAUGAGGAGGAAGAUGACAGACUGUUCUUUUUCCCCAACCCAGAUGACUUUCUUGAAGAAGAGGAGGUCGUGGAUGCAGAGGACGAGGCAGAGAUUGUUGGGACGCAUUCGCCCAGAAAACCUUCUCAUCCAAGCCAGUCCAGUCAUAUGCAUAAUUCUUCCCAUCAGCACUCAAAAACUGGGGCCACACCCGCAGGCAGAGAGGAAGAGCAAGGUAAAGAAGAUCUAAAAGAAGAAGAAGAGGAGGAGGAGGUGGGAGAGGUCAACAGUAUCAUACGUCACAGAAAAAGAAAACAGUCUUUUCACAGGGAUAGACAGAAUGAUGAGAGGGUUCUGGACAGAGACUGGGGAAGGGAUCAUACUCGUGGGAAUAUGAGACAAGAUACAAGGAAAGGACUUGAGGAAGACCAACCCAUAGCUCUGUUACCAGACGUGGACAGUGUGGUCAGGGGUCGCACUUUGUCCUGGGUCUAUACUGGUCCCGCAGACCAAGACCUGAACAAGAAAGCCAAAGCACAAGGUGGGAGAGGUGAUCUUGAGGUACCUCCUAAAAUUAGCAAGUCUUCGCUCCUUUUUCCCCAAAAAACCUCCCUAUCUGCACUCACCAGCAGAGCGAAGCAGAUCCUCAGCAACUCUGCCCAUAGCAACUACCCCCAUACUAACAGUAACAAGCCUGUUGGGAGCAAGAAGGAGAAGAGAGAGGAGAGCAAGAUCUACAUUACCAGGCCUCGUCCUGCGAAGGAGAGAGAAAAAGAAAGGGAACAGCGACGGGAGAGGAGGGAAGAGAGGGCAUCUCGACAUCCUAGAGAAGUUUUCCCUGGAGUAUUUUUGUACCAAACUGGGAAGACCACAAGGCUGGUAAACCUGGGUCAAAGAAGACAUGGCGGAAGGGGUGGGUCAGUGGUUAGGCACCUUAUUGGUGCCCCUCAACUUUGGCACAGCCCUCCUACUAAGGACAGUAAGGCAUCAGCACAUAACAAAAGUGUCAACAUUCAGAGUGAAACUGCAGAAAAGUCUUUUAGCAAAGCAGCAAUGACAAAACAGCUAGAAAAAAUCAAGAGGAAAGGCGAAUCCCGAGAUUUAAGGACUGCUGUCACAGCUGACCUGCCCAGUAAAAGAGAUAUCCAGAUCCCUUUGUCCUACCACCAAGAGCCUCCUCCGACCCCGGCCUCUGAAACAAGGUUAAGCUAUACAGAAAACACAGUCCACAGUCAGUUACGGGUCACUUCUUACCUUAGGACCUCAGAGAUUACCGAAUCUCAGCAUCAGCUAAACCCAGACUCCCACCUCACUGACAUCGAUCAAGAUACAAACCGCUCUAAUCCUGAUCCCAACCCCGAUCCAGAGCAAGAGCUGGAACCAGAGGAGGGAGAAAUGUCAGAUUACAGCUACGAGGAGGUCGAAGUCCGGCCAGGUUGGGCAGAGGAAAGCAUCAAUUGGCAGAGGACGUUCUCAGUUAAUCCGAUGGACUUCGAGCUACUGCGAUCGGACUGGAAUGACCUGCGCUGCAAUGUGUCCGGCAACCUCCAGCUGGCGGAAAGCGAAGUGGUGGACGUGCUGGCACAGUACAUGGAAAAACUCAAUGAACGCAAUGGAGGAAUCUACACCCUGCUAAGAAUCAUCAAUGUUGAGAAGCGCCGCGAUUCGGCAAGGGGAAACCGAUACCUGGUAGAGCUGGAGUUGAUGGAGAGAGGACGCAGCGUGGUACGGCUUUCAGAGUACAUUUACCUGCUGCUGCACCGUGGAAGGCCAGGAGAGGAAAGCGUGGAGAACACAGACUCCGCUCCGGCCUCUGCGCCGCCCCCGCUUCCCUCUGCGUCUGCAACCAGCUUCACCACCCAGCAUCCGUCUCCUUCCACCAGGUCCUCGGUGCGGCCCGGCGCGACACCGUGGAGCACUGCUUACGCUAAGCCUCUUCUCUGCCAGCCUGUCAUGCUGCAAUGGAGGCGAGAUGUCAUGGUGCACUUCGUGGUGCCGGUGAAAAACCAGGCUCGCUGGGUGCAGCAGUUUAUUUCUGACAUGGAAAAUCUUCACCAGCAAACAAAGGACGACAACUUCAGCAUCAUUAUUGUCGAUUUUGAGAGUGAGGACAUGGACGUGGAGCAGGCUCUCAGAGAGAGCAGGGUGCCAAAAUAUGAGUACCUCAGAAGAGAGGGAAACUUUGAGCGCUCGGCAGGGCUGCAGAUCGGCGUGGACACCAUUAAGGACAGUCACAGUAUAGUGUUUCUUUGUGAUCUGCACAUUCACUUCCCUCUGAACAUCUUGGAAAGCAUCAGGAAGCACUGCGUGGAAGGACGCCUGGCGUUUGCUCCCAUCGUCAUGAGGCUGAGCUGUGGUAGUUCACCUCUGGAGCCUAAUGGUUAUUGGGAGGUUAAUGGCUUUGGGCUGUUUGGAAUAUACAAGUCAGAUUUUGACAAGAUUGGAGGAAUGAACACCGAGGAGUUCAAAGACCGCUGGGGUGGAGAGGACUGGGAACUUCUCGAUAGGUAUAUUAAGUAAAUGAAAUUGUACAUAAAUAAUUCCCUUUGAAAAAUUACGUCCCUUUCUUGUGACCUUUUUUCUUUCUUUCCAUGUGUUCCUUCCUUUACUCCUCCUUGUUUUUGUCGUGCCCUGCUCAUAUUACUUGUAUCUCGCUUACUUUUGUUCAUUUCUUUUAUUCUUUAUAUUCCGAAUGAAUCUUGACAUGUCAAUAAAGCUUCACUGUUUUAGAUUCUCACACAUAAAUGGUAGUUUCCGAGGUAUUAAAUGUCAUGUAGAGAGGAAACAUUGUUAUGAAAGAUGAGAAAAGGAGUAGUGUAUUUAUUGCAGCCAAUGUCAUAAUAACAUUGCCACUGCAUAAUUUUUUAUUUUUAUUGUGUGCAGUCCUGUCUCUAACCUUUUUUCGGAGACUUUAAAAAGCACGCUACAGCAUCAAGCUCACGUGGGAUCCUCAUAAUUCCAUGUGCAUGAACAUAUCCAUGUAUAACUCCAAAUGUUUUUAGGUCUUAAAAAAUAUAAUACAUCUACAUUAUUCACAAAUCCUUCAUUGUGACUCUGAAUUGGCCAACAUAGAUUUUCUUUUUUUGACUUUUUAUCCCGACUUGUUUGCUUCUUGAUAUUACAUUUUCCCCUUGUUCUUGUAAAGGCGUUAUAAUGUUACAAUAUUUUUUAAGUCAUUCUAAUUCCAUAAAGCACAUUCAGAAAAGAU